UGGGUUGAAGCAACUGAGCGUCUGACUGGGUAACUGGGGUUCUCAAUGACUGGGGGUGAAGUUAUAAUCGUUCUCAAGUAAGUAUUGAGGUUAACUAGAGUUUGAUUGCUGCUAAGCAAUCCUAGAAUCGAAUCUAUCUACAUGGUAAUGAGCGUGCCUUAUAUAGACUAUGUCCCUCGACGUGAUAUGCUUGAUAUGUUCCAUAGCCGACAUAUCACUUGUUCUGCUAUAAUUAAUAUGCGACAUAUCAAUCAUAUCCCUCUCUUGGCAAUCACGUGAUGUCACGUGUCUUUUCCCCUUAUGUAAUCCUUUCCCGCCGGUCGGUGAUUCUUUUUGGCGAAUGUCGUCAGGAGGGGUGUGACCCCACCUGGCCUCCUUGGUGCUGGCCCAACUUGUUUGGUCGUAACAUCAGGUCUCCUCUCCUUUGGCCAAGUCCCUUUGGCCUUUAAGUAUCGAGUUAACAAAUCUCGCGGUCGCUCUUCCACCGCUCGUCGCAACGACUUGCUUUCUGUGCUUCUUUCUUCGGCGGUUGAGAUGUCUUCUUGUUCUGCUUGCGAGUCGCAAGGGAUUGCAAAAUGCGCUGUGUCGCCUCGUGAUUCCUCUCGUUGUGUCGAGUGCGUCCGCCUCGGUCGCUCGCGAUGUGAUGUGAUGGGUGUCUCGCGGGAGCAGUUACACAGGAUCGCGGCUCAACAUUCGAAGCUCGAGUCUGAGUUGGAGGCGGCGGAGGAGAAAGUCCUUCGCCUGCGCAGACAAAAGAAAAUGUGGUUUGAAAAGAUGAUGAGGGCGGUCCGUCGUGGUAUUGACAAUCUGGAGGAAUUGGAUCGGGUGGAGCGUGAAGAGGCAGAGCAGGAGGAGCGGCGGCGAUCAGCCGAGGUUCUUCCUAAAGUGUCCCUGGAGUCGCUUCUUCCGGAUUCCAAUUUUGUCUGGGAUUCGACUUUCCCGAUGGGUCCUCUGAAUCUUUCGUUGUUGGAUGAGAUGAAUGUUCUUGCGCAACAUUCCGUUGGUACGUCGUUUUUCUGGUGUUUUUGUUUUGUAUUGCAUACUGAUCGUUUCUUUGUAGGUUCGUCUGGUGGUAUGGUUUCGAGUCCUGGUCGGCCCUUAACUUCUGGGAAUGAUCCAACUCCUGAUAGUACUGGCGGAGCGGUUCCUGGCAAUCCUGGAGGUGGUUAAGGGGUUCCCAAGUGUUUUCUUCAUGUCCGUAGUUUUCCCAUUUAACAAGGUAUUCUGUUUUGCCGUGGUUGCGUCUGUGGUCGAGUAUUCGUUUAACGUCGUAGGUUUGUUCUGCGUCGAUCUCGAUCGUUUCUUGUGUGCUGGUGCCGUGUGGUGCCGGUUCCAGUAGUGAUACGUGAAAUGUGGGGUGAAUUUUCAUGGUGUCUGGUAAUAACAGUCUGUAGUUGGUGUCGCUGAUUUUCUUGCUAAUUUUAAAAGGUCCAAACUUUUUGAAAUCGAGUUUGCUGUUUGGUCGUUGUGUUUUGAUGUUGCGUCGAAUGAGGUAGACGCUAUCUCCCUCCUUGAAGGAUGGUCCCUUCAUCCGAUGCUGAUUGGCGUAUUUCAUCAUUCUUUCUCGU